UCAUUCUAGCUUAAAAUUAAAAAGAAUCAAUUGAAAAAAGUCAUAUAUAAAUUCAAUUAUUCUUCUCUGCUAUUGUUUCCUCGUUACCCUGAAUCCUAAAGUGAUUAUUGAUCUUUCAAAGCAGCUCGUCUUUUUCCUCUCUCUCUGGUUAUAUAUUCUACUAUGAGUAGACCAAAUACGCGAAGCAAAAACAAGAGGCAGAGGCAAGGGGAUGAUGUUGAUAACACUACCGAAAUAUGGAGGAAAAUUCACAAAACGGGUGGUAUAACUGAAGAAGAUAUAAACCAAUUGUAUAUGAUUUGGAAGCCGGUUUGUUCAGGUUGCCGUGUCAAUGCUAAAGACAACCCAAAUUGCUUCUGUGCAUUGGUUCCUCCCCCAAAUGGAUCGCGGAAGUCUGGCUUGUGGAUGAAGACGUCAGAUUUUGUUGAAAGUCUUGGCCCCGACCCAACUAAGGAUCUUCGUGCAUCUGCUUCUUCACCUGCGGGUCUAACAAAUCUUGGUGCAACCUGCUAUGCCAACAGUAUACUUCAGUGCUUGUACAUGAAUAAAUCUUUCCGGGAAGGCAUAUUUUCUGUAGAACCAGAAGUUUUGCAACAGCAACCGGUGUUAAAUCAGCUGGUUCGGCUUUUUGUACCGUUGCCUGAGCCAUUCCAAAAUUGCUUUCAUAUAUUCAUCCCCAUUCGUAGCAGCGCCACCUCAACAAAGAAGCAGAAGCAAAAAUCGGCGUUGGCCAAAGAGAAGAGAAGGACCCGUUCCGAUAAGGACUUCGACAUGGACGCUGUAAUGGACCGUUCUGAAUCUCGUCAUCAUUUUCCUGUUAUGCUCGCUGAAGUUUUGGACGUUUUCUCCAAUCUCUCGCUUACUUCCUUCGUCGAUUGCACCCUUGGCGCCGCCGGUCAUUCCUCCGCUGUGAUUAAUGGGCAUGCGGAGUUGAAGUAUUUUGUUGGGAUGGAUGUGGAUCCUGUGGCACAUAACAUGGCUCAAGCUCGAAUCAAUUCUGUAGUAGAAAAGCAAUUGGAUGGUGGUGUAAAAGUUUUUACGCUGCUAAGGAAUUUCAGACAUAUCAAGUCUGCUCUUAGGGAAACUGGCGACGAACGGUUGGUGGAUGGUAGCAUCGAUGGAAUCUUGAUGGACUUGGGCAUGUCAUCCAUGCAGGUGGACAAUCCCCAGAGAGGAUUCAGUGUGCUAGCUGAUGGUCCCCUUGAUAUGCGUAUGGAUCCACAGGCAAGUCUUAAAGCAGAGGAUAUAUUAAAUUCUUGGCCAGAAUCUGAAGUUGGGCGUGUCCUAAGGGAUUUUGGGGAAGAAAGUAAUUGGCGUAAUCUGCAAAAGAAGAUUGUUCAAGCCCGGUUAGAUGGUGGAUUGCAUUCCACUACUGACUUGCUCAAUCUUAUUCGACGUGUGACUCCUGCAAUGAAAGGUGGAAGGCAAGGUUGGAUAAAGACAGCAACCCGGGUGUUUCAAGCUCUUCGAAUAGCUGUGAAUGAUGAACUGAAGACACUUGAGGAUUCCCUCUAUUCUUGUUUUGAUUGCCUCUCGCCGGGGGGUAGGCUUGCCGUGAUAUCUUUCCAUAGUCUAGAGGACAGAAUUGUGAAGCAGACAUUCCUUGAUAUAAUUAAAGGAAGCGAAGAUGAGAGCUGCGAUAAUAGUGAUUUGAGGAAGGUGAGUGAUGAGAUAAAAGAGAAAGAAGCAUGGAUAAAACAUGUGAUAAAUGGAUCAAAUGGAAUCAUUCUCACAAAAAGACCAAUCACGCCCUCGGCCGAAGAAGAAAAAUUGAACCGCCGAAGUAGAAGUGCAAAGCUCAGGGUGAUUCAGAAGGUUUGAUUUUUCUUUUUUUGGAUUUUUUUAGAAAAUGAAAAUAUUGUAUGCAUAGACUUAUAUGUAGUUUGUUCUUCUUUUAUAGUCAUCUCUAGAAAAUAGUCACUGCUGUAUUCACAAAUUUCAUUAAGAAAAGAUUUAAAUUAUA